GCCGGAAACAGUACACCUGUUUCUGGUUGUGCACCGUUUUGAGUAAAGUUUCAAAAAUUGAUAACCAAAAUCUUCCAUCGAUGAUGCUCCACGAGGCAGUGAUGUUGGAAAUCUACCGACAGGCCCUUCACGCUAGUGAAAUGGCCAGCCCUAGAUGCCAAUCGAGGGAAUCGUCGUCGGGUGGUGGGCGCUGUCCAUCGGAUGAGUCCAUCCGCUCGGAGGGGGACCGUGACGAGCAGGGUGCAGGGAACAACCUGAGCCCGGUUUCGAUCACGCUUCCGCCGACGUUACCACCGGCCGCUGCAGCCGCCCUCCUGCCUCAGCAUUCCGCCGCCAUGGCGGCGUACCUCAAUGCAGCAGCCGUUGCAGCACAACAGAACCGGCUGCUGCUGAGCUCGCCGCUAGCAGGUCUCGCCUCGGUUCGGAAUGGCUCGCCACCUGUACUACCUCUACGGUCACCGACGGACGAGAGUGACGACGCAACGGUGCUGGACUUUAGCAAGAAGCGUGGCUCCGGCGGCGGUGGCGACGAUGACGACGAGGACGACGAGGAGGACGAGGAUGGUGGUGAGGGUGGUGGAGCUGGUGGAGCAGGUGGACGCGGCAGCCGUGGUGGUGAUGGGGAAGGUGAUGGCGACGGGGGUAGUGAUUGUGGUGAUGCUGUAAAUCUCAGUCAAAAGUCCGGCAUCGGUGACAACAGUCCGCUCGAUCUGUCCGUAAGCCAUCGGAAGCGGACGGGCAAUGAGGAGGGUGCGUCACCGCCGCCUCGCAAAACCACCCGUUCGCUCGACUACAAACCAGCCAUCGUAACGCCCUGGAGUACACCGGUCACGCCGCAGCUACCUUAUCUGGCAGCGGCGGCGGUAGCAGCUGCUGGGCUUUCGCCGAAGAACAAUCAUCACCAGCAUGCAAUGCACGCGGACAGUUGGAACGGCAAGCACAAAUCAGUUGCAGCUGCUGCAGCAGCCGCUGCCGCCGCUGCGGCCGUUACGAACGAUGCCACGAAAGCGCUGGAAAAGAUGUCCGAGCUGAGCCGUUUGGGCGGUGAGGACAUCUAUCGAUCGCCGAGCACGGGCAAUUCUGGUGGUGGGGGCGGUGGUGGUGGCGGAGGUGCGGGUGGCGGCGGACGACACAGUGCGUGGCAAUCGCACUGGCUCAACAAGGGUGCCGAUUCGGCAAAGGAUGUGUUGAAGUGUGUCUGGUGCAAGCAGAGUUUCCCUUCGCUGGCCGCCAUGACGACACACAUGAAGGAGACGAAACACUGUGGCGUUAAUGUGCCUCCCGGUGGCGGUGGAGGCUCGGGUGGUCACGCACAGCAACCGAUUCCACCACCGGCACAGAGCGGUAACAAUAUGGGAGGAUCGGGUGGACAGGGUGGCCAAGGGCACGGUACAACGUCAAAGCCAACGCCAAGCGAACUGAACAUGCUCAUCAAGGAGACGAUGCCACUGCCGAGAAAGUUGGUGCGCGGUCAGGACGUUUGGUUGGGCAAGGGUGCGGAACAGACGCGCCAGAUCCUGAAGUGUAUGUGGUGUGGCCAAAGCUUCCGCACGUUAGCGGAAAUGACGGCGCACAUGCAGCAGACGCAGCACUACACCAACAUCAUCUCGCAGGAGCAGAUCAUCUCGUGGAAGUCGUCCGAUUCGGACAAAGCGGGUGGUGGUGGUGGAGGCGGUCCUGCUGGAGGUGCGGGCGGCGCUGGUCCUAGUGGUGGAGGAGCUGGACCGAACGGUGGUGGAGUGGGUGGUGGUGGUCCGGGUGGUGCAGCGAACGCGGCAGCAGCCGCACAGACAAACAGUCACGUCAGCGCCGUGCUUACAUGCAAAGUGUGUGAUCAAGCGUUCUCCUCGCUGAAGGAGCUCAGCAAUCACAUGGUGAAGAAUGCACACUACAAAGAGCAUAUCAUGCGGUCGAUCACCGAAAGCGGCAGUCGACGGCGACAAACUCGGGAAAAGCGCAAAAAGUCCUUACCAGUGCGGAAGUUGCUCGAGAUGGAGCGUGCUCAGCACGACUACGGCAAGAACGGGGCAGAGACUGGUCCAAAUUCGGCCGCGGCCGCUGCAGCCGCUGUGGCGGCGGCAGUCAAUGCCGCCAACAAACCGUUGCGCGAUCUCGGCGCGGGUAAAAUUAGCUGCGAGAAGUGUAAUGAAAAGAUCGAAACCACCAUGUUUGUCGACCACAUUCGGCAGUGCAUCGGUGGAACGGCUCUGCUGGCCGCUCAGCAGCAGCGUGAUAAGCUGAAGAGUGCUCUGCUCUCGAACACCAUCAUCCCACCCGACUCGAUCUCACCGGUAACGCCGACUGGGCGCGAUGGUCGCAAGAGCGUCAGUGAUGAUCUCGCAUCUCCGCUGUCGUCCCAGAAGUCACCACUCGGUUCCGACCUACUGUCGCCCGUAUCGAUGCUUACCAAGAAGGAUGGCAAUGGUGGCAGUGGGGGUGAAAAGAGUUCCUCCCCUUCGGUGCUGAACGCAAUCGAGCAGCUGAUCGAGAAAAGCUUCGAUACCCGAUCGCGCCACGGUGGAUCGAACUAUGCCGGUAGUGGCGGUGGGGGAGGUGGUGGCCAAAGCUCUACCCCACUCGGUUCCAGCAUCCUGAAGCGGCUCGGCAUCGACGAGAGUGUAGACUACACCAAACCACUGGUUGAUCCACAGACGAUGAAUCUCCUGCGUUCGUAUCACCAUCAGCAGCAGCAGGCCCAGUACGCGUCGCAACAGUUUGGUCGCCGCGAGCGUAGUGGCAGCGAGUCCAGCUCGAUUUCGGAACGUGGCAGCAGUCGCAUGGAUUCGUUGACGCCCGAGAAAAAGUUCGACACGCCGAGUCAUUCCACACCGCGCGGAACCCCCGACAAACCGUACUCGGAGCAGUCGGAUCAUCAUCAUGCGGAUGGAACCGAUCUGCACGCGCAACCACCGAUCAAACGGGAGCUGCACAGUGACGACGAAUCACCGGAGGCUGAAAGCAAACCGGCAGCCGAGCAGGGCAAGAUCCGCAUCAAGAAGGAGCUCAUGCAAGAAGAGGGCGAUGAUCACGAAACGGAUCACGAGAUGCGACCACCGAGCAAGGCACAGCAGCGUGAUGAUCGCGACGAUCCAGAACCACCGAGACGGAGCAGUGUUGCUUCUAGUCCCGCACCCAGCCCCCGUCUAUCGACGGCCAGUGUACCGCUGAGUCCGGCGGCCAGCCCACUCAGUGACCAUCAUUCCAUCGCUUCCCGCUCAACGCCUGGAGCAGGCGACUGUAGCUCGAAAAAGUCAUCCAACGUCAGCAACAGUCUCGGUGCACUUUCGUCUAUGUUCGAUAGUUUGACCGGUGUGGGAAGUGGCUCCACCGGUGGUUCGGAUGCAGCAUCCACCGGUGGUUCGGGUGGCAAGAAAUCUAGUGCCCAUCCUUUAGCCGCCCUGCAGAAGCUUUGUGAUAAGACGGAAACACCUUCGGCCGGUGGUGGCGGUCGUGGCAGUUCGAGCAGUUCUGCACUGCUGGCAGCCACCACGAACAGUUCCGGUUCGCGGACGGCUCCCGGUGCCAUUCUGGCAUUUAGCUGGGCGUGCAACGACGCCGUGGUGUCGGAGGACGUUGCCGGCGGCACGAUCAAGUGUGCGUACUGUGAUACAACGUUCGGUUCGAAGGGUGCCUACCGGCACCAUCUAUCCAAAGCGCACUUCGUGAACGAUGACGUCAUUCCCGACCCGAAGGUAUCGGGUUCCGGGGCGCUGUCGCUUGCCGCCACCAGUGGCGCACAGUCGCUCAAGACGCGCUCCUCGCCCGCACCGAACUCACCCAAAUCGACCGGCUCGACUGCACCGCUGUCGCUGGUAACGGGAUCCUCGGCGGGGUCCUCAUCCUCGUCAGCGUCCUCCACCGGCAGGGAGAGUGUCGAGCGUCGCGUUGGUCAUGAGUCGGGCAAUGGACCGUCGGCCAAAAGCCCGCCACCAUCACAGUCGCCCGCAUUCGAUGAAAGUCCUCACUCCAAGUUCCUCAAGUACACUGAGCUAGCGAAGCAGCUUUCGUCCAAGUACGUCUGACACUCUUAAGG